CCUCUGCUUUGGGUUGUUUGGUGUGGUGCUUCUGCUUCUUUUGUUUCUUUUGCUUCUUUUGCUGGUUUUGCUGCCUCUGCUACUUUUUGAUCUAAGUUUUCAUAUGCUGUGCCAUGCCUCUCUUUCGUGAAGAUAACUAUUUUAUCAUAGUGCUUGGCUCAUUGAAUACUGUCGUUCAAUUUGGGCUUGAAGAUCCUUUUCGACCUCCCAAGUAUUUGAUUCCUUCAAUAAUCUAUCAACAUAAACUAAAGAAAUCCUAUCAUAUUAAUAUAAAAAGUGUUUCUCCCAAGAACCUAGAAAAUGACUAUUCCAAGAUCAGUUUUAUUCAACAUGGCCAAAUUGUUAAUAUCAAUGCCUUUAAUCAAUUUAUUAGAUUGAUUUAUUAUUCGGCUUUGAAAAAAUUUAUCUCGGCAGAUAGAUUAGCUAUUAAUGACUACUCAAUUCCUUUAUUGAUUAUAAAUUCUUCAACAAAGGAUUUUAAUAACAACUAUAAUCUACAAAGAAUUACAAAUUUUGUUUUUAAUAACUUGAAAAAUUGUAAUUUUUUUUGUUUUUUAUCCAACGCUUCAAGUUUAUUAUUCGCUUAUGGAAAUAAUUUAUCUUCGGCUUUAAUUGUUGAUAUAGGUUAUGAAAAACUAAAUAUUGUCCCCAUUAUAGAUUUCCAAAUAAUUAAAUUUUCAAAACUAGAAAUUAAUAUUGGUUCAAACUUAAUUAACUCAAAAUUAGAAAAAUUAUUACCAAAUUUAUCUGCAUCACAAAUUGAAGACUUGAAAAAAUCUUCAGUUUAUGAAAUUUUAUCAAUUGAUGAUCAAGAGAUCUAUGAUAAGAUUCAUAACAGAAAUCUUAAAAGCCUCAAAAACCUUAAUGGUCUUAAUAAAGAUAACGAAGAAGAUGAUGACGAUCAACUUGAUGUUUUAUCUAUUAUCAAUAGUACUAAAAACCCCAAGGAAAUCCUAAAUGAAAGACAAAAGAAGAAAAAAUUGAAAUCAAGUAGUAAUAAAAACAAUAAUAACAAUAGUCAGCCUUUGAAAAAUUCAAACUUGGUGGAAAAUACCUUUAUUGAUUCUAAUGGAGAUUCAUUUAAAAUUGGCCCUGAAAGAUUCAAAGGCUCAAAAGAAUUAAUAUUAAUUGUAGCCAAUUCGAUUUAUAAUGUAAUCAAUAAUUUGCCACACAAACCUUCAAUUAAACAAGAUUUAUGGAACAAUAUUAUUAUAAAUGGCAAAGUUUUUCAAAUUAAGGGGUUUAAAGAUAAUUUAUUCAAUUAUUUAAAUGAAAAAUUCUUAGUUAAACCGACAAGUGAAAAUGAUAAUCAACCACCGUUGAGUUUGAUAACACAUAAUUCCGAUGAUUUAUUAAGUUCUAAGUACAAUUUAUUUCAAACGCCAACGUCGAUUAAAUUUUUGAAAAAUUUAGAUUACUUUUCUGAAUGGAAGACUUUAAAUCAAAACUCUAAUGAUUUAACAUUAUUAGGAGGACAAAUUUUUAUGAAGUUGAUGGUAUCUAAUAACACCAGUUUAAUUAAUAAUUCAAAUGUUUCGAUUCCUCAACCAAUUUUUUAUUCGAAUUUGAAUUUGAAUUUGAAUUUAAACAAUCCUAAUUAUACUAAUUAUGGUUAUGGAUAUAAUUUGAAUGCAAACUCUGGUAUUAAUUUAAAUCAGAUUUCGUUAUCAAAUUCCAAUUCCAAUUCUAAUUUGAAUAUAAAUUCCAAUUUAAAUCAAAAUUUUAAUAAUAUAAUCAAUAUUGACGAUGAAUUGAGUGAUGAAAUAUUCAAUAAUGGGAUUGACAAUGAUUAUUUGAUGAUUACAAGAAAUGAUUUUAAUAAAUUUGGACCAAAUUUAUUCAAUAAAAGUUGAGUUAUUGAUCUUUCGAAUUUUCCGUGAGCGUCCGUGAGUUCUCGUGGUACUUCGGGGAAUUUCGUAUGUUUACGUAAAUCUAAUUGGUUCAUUUGUAUAUUAAGUUAAUAAAUAUUAUAAUAGGUAUAAAUAUCUAAAGUAUCUUUUUCUUUAUUUGAAUAA